CCCACACGAUACAGAGAGAGAGAGAUAGAGAACAGCACAAGCUUGAAUAAAAGGAACACUGUAGCGCACGUUAAUCAACGACGCUCCACAGGCGCACGUUAGCAUCCGUAUGCGAUGUCUUUCACCUGUGUCUACGAUUCUUCCUCUCUGUCUGUCCCUCUGUCGAGCCUUAUCCUGCGCGGCAGUCCCACCUCGCUCGCGCUUUCUCUCUCCUCUAGGGUUAGGGUUGGGUUUCUUUCUCUCUCUCUCCAUUCUCUGGCCUUAAAAUUUUCAUCUCCCUCAAUGCUCUUCAGAUACCUAGGGUUUCAGUCCUCAGGGUUCUUCUCUUCUCAACAGUCGUAUGGACCCCAAGCGACACUCCAAAACCUCCUUAUCUUACUCGACACUCUUCAAUCUUGAGUCUUUGAUGAACUUUCAACUACCACAACAAGAUGAUGGUUUUGAUUAUUAUGGGAAUAGUAGUCAGGAUGAGAGCAGAGGUACCCAAGGUGGAGCCAUGGGAGACCGCAGUAAUGGGACUAUGUCGGAGAGGGACUUGAGUUUGGCAAAGAAGAAGAGGCGGAACACAUAUAGCAGUGACGAGGAGGAGGACGGCAGCCACGGUGUACAUAUUACGGAGGAGCGGUAUCGGGCAAUGCUUGGAGAACAUAUUCAGAAGUACAAGAGGAGGCCCAAUAAUUCCUCUGCAAGUCCUGCAUCUACCCGAAUUGGGAUUCCGGCUGUGAAAAGUAGUUCCAAGGGUCGGAAAUUGAGAACUGAUCAUCGAGGAGGGUUGCAUGAAAUUGAAACAACAUCGGAUUUUCUCAAUGACGUUAGUCCCCAAAAGCUGGGAAACUAUCAUGAAGUAGAUUUUGCACCGGAAUAUGGCAUCGAUAGAUCAAAUUAUGAACCUGCUUACCUGGAUAUUGGAGAUGGCAUCACUUAUAGGAUACCUCCAACUUAUGAAAAGUUGGCAGCAUCACUCAACUUACCGGGCAUGUCAGAUAUCUGGGUAGAGGAAUUUUACCUUAAGGGCACCCUUGAUCUGGGGUCAUUGGCUGCAAUGAUGGCAAAUGAUAAGAGAUUUGGGCCUAGAAGUUGGGCAGGGAUGGGUGAACCCAGGCCCCAAUAUGAAUCACUUCAAGCAAGAUUGAAGGCCCUGUCAGCCAGUAACUCAGGUCAGAAGUUCAGUCUGAAAGUCAGUGAUGUUGGGCUGGAUUCAUCUUCCAUCCCCGAGGGAGCAGCUGGAGGAAUAAGACGGUCUAUCUUGUCUGACGGUGGUGUGUUGCAAGUUUACUAUGUGAAGGUGUUGGAGAAAGGAGACACAUAUGAGAUCAUUGAACGAAGUUUACCUAAGAAGCAAAAGAUGAAGAAAGACCCUUAUAUGAUUGAGAAGGAAGAAAUGGAGAAGAUUGGGAAAUAUUGGGUAAACAUUGUAAGAAAGGACAUACCAAAACACCAUAGGAUUUUCACCAACUUUCAUAGGAAGCAACUAGCUGAUGCCAAGAGGUUCUCAGAAACCUGUCAGAGAGAGGUGAAAAUGAAGGUGAGUAGAUCACUUAAAUUGAUGAGGAGUGCCGCAAUUCGCACAAGGAAACUGGCCAGAGACAUGCUGGUGUUCUGGAAGAGAGUUGAUAAAGAGAUGGCUGAAGUGAGGAAAAGAGAGGAAAAAGAAGUUGCAGAAGCUUUGAAGCGUGAACAGGAGCUUCGUGAAGCAAAGAGGCAACAGCAGAGGCUCAAUUUCCUGUUGUCACAAACAGAACUCUACAGUCAUUUUAUGCAAAACAAAUCUACUUCACAACCAUCUGAAGUGUUGACUGUAGAUGAUGAUAAAUUGAAUGACCAAGAAAUGCUUUUGAGUUCUUCUGAAGCUCAGCCUGGAGAGGAAGAUGAUCCUGAGGAGGCUGAAUUGAAAAAGGAGGCAUUAAGAGCUGCUCAAGAUGCAGUUUCCAAGCAGAAAAAAAUAACAAGUGCAUUUGAUACUGAAUGUUUAAAGCUGCGGCAAACUGAUGAUUUGGAGCUCCCUGACCAGGAUGCGUCAAUUGCAGGAUCUAGUAACAUAGAUUUAUUGCAUCCCUCGACCAUGCCCAUAAAAUCAUCAGUGCAGACACCAGAGUUAUUUAAAGGUUCCCUCAAAGGGUAUCAGCUAAAAGGCCUUCAGUGGCUGGUAAAUUGUUAUGAGCAGGGUUUAAAUGGUAUUCUUGCUGAUGAAAUGGGCCUGGGAAAGACCAUCCAAGCCAUGGCUUUCUUGGCUCAUUUGGCUGAAGAAAAAAAUAUAUGGGGGCCUUUUCUGGUUGUUGCACCUGCUUCUGUCUUGAACAACUGGGCUGAUGAAAUUAGUCGUUUCUGCCCUGACUUGAAAACUCUUCCUUAUUGGGGUGGGCUUCAAGAAAGGACGGUUCUUAGGAAAAAUAUCAACCCAAAGCGUCUCUAUCGUCGGGAGGCUGGAUUUCACAUUCUCAUUACCAGCUACCAAUUGCUAGUGUCUGAUGAGAAGUACUUCCGGCGUGUAAAAUGGCAA